CAGUAGAAAAAGUCUAUAUACAGUGUGCGCAAAUGAGGUAGGAUAAGGGAGGUAAGGCAAUAAAUAGGCCAUAGUGGUGAAAUAAUUACAAUAUUGCAAUUAAACACUGGAGUGAUAAAUGUACAGAUGUACAUUCUCACACUUAUGUCAAAUGAAUUUAAGAAUAACUCAAGGAUUAGAUAUCUGUACCUAAAGUCAGGAGUGACCGACAUAUUCUUUGGAAACGUUGCCAACAACCCCAGGCAGUACGGAAGAGCUGGUUGAAACACUGGCCCUUGUCAUGCUUCUCCUCUUCUCUCAUACAUUUUGAAUUUCUAAAAGUCUAAAAAGUUGAAUAAGAGAAAGUUUUCAUCAAAUGUUUGUCUACUAAACCUUGACAGAUUAAAACAUAUAAAAGUCAUGUAAAUCUCUAUUUGGACCAGAAGUGCUCAGGUUUGUUAGGGUUGCGUAAAUUCAAAUCUGGUAUCAGGAUAAAUAUAACAAUGAGUCACCAAUUUUAUACUAUGUAUUUUUUAUUAGCUAAGUAAUAAAUGGCAAAUGCAACUUUCGUAUAUACGGGCUCACUGUAAUACCACGCAGGGCAGAACAGAGAACUGACAAGACGUAUGUAAAACAGUAUUCUUUAUACUGUGAUAGACAUAGUUCCAACCCGUCUGUUGGCCUAUCACAGUAGAGACUGGGCGUGGUUUAAACUUGCCCAGCCUAUUGCAGGCGCUCAGGCGGGUCCCCGCCUCUUGGCGCUUCUUGGAGUUCUCCCUCCUCGAUGUAUAGAUCCUUACUGUUUUGGUAUCGCAGCCUAGUUAGAACAGUUGCUCAGUUCCUGCUAUUGUGUUGUUCAGUAUUUUUCCAUCUCAGUUAAACCUCGCGAUGACCACCCCUCCCUAUCACAACUUUGUAAGAUACAGCAAGUCACACCAUGUGCUCAAUAUUGUUACAUACAAACACAAGGACAAAGCUUCUGCUGGGCUGUUAUCUACAGUUUUGCAACAUCCAGGUCGCACCAUGUUACUCAGUUCUUGUCACACACAAACAGGCAAGUAGCAAGCAGUUGUUUAAUCUCAUAAUGAUGCUCCAGUGCACACAUGCAGACACCUCACACAACCAACAUCAGAUGAUAUUUAAUCAUAUAUAUACUAAUGGCUAUAAUGUAAAACACAGGAUCCAACAGGCUCUAUGCAUGCAGUGUUUAGUGAGACACGGGGAGUAUUUUGUGCUGAGCUGUGGUGAGAUCACAUUUUGUUCAAGAGAACACAUUGACAGUAGCCUCCCUUUGAGAGCUGUUGUUCUGUGUUGCUGGCUCUCUAAUAUGGGCGGUGGUGACAAAGACAACUGUGUUGGGCUUGAAAAACAACUAAACAGUGUCGGUUUGCUGUUACAUGCAUGCAGAAGACAACUUUUUGAAAUUGAAUUUGGCUUAAACUUUCUGAAAAGCUUGUCACUUCUGGAGAAUUGAGAUGUGCAUGAAAGCUGGAGCAAUCAAUCAAACAAAACUUGCAAUAAACCAGAUAAAUGGUAACCUGGCAAGUCCAUAGACUUUAUUUACUUGAUAUCAGCUUUUAUUCAGCACGUGCAUUGCAUUGUAUGCAUAAUGCAUUACAUCCGUACACAUUGGAGCUGGCAGCCAUACAGUUGCUUCUUUUUUUUUUACACCAGAGGGGGGCAUUACUACCUCUAGUCUAGACCGGCGUCACUGGUCUCCUGGCAACAGCCCGGACGAGUUCUUGAUCAACGUUCCAAAUAGAAUGCUGUACAGAAAAGGAGUGCAUGUUUCGCGUUGAGAAACAUGGGCCAGCCUUGUACAAGAAGAAACAACUACCCUCCAAGAAAGUGUACUGUUUCAUGUCUUCUAUAAAUGUGUAUCUAUAACAACAAGACUGCCGACAAAUUUCAGAACGUGCGUAAAUUAAUUUAAGGUAAAAUACCAAGUGCUGUCAGCAGGCAAAAUAGUGCAAGAGUGUGCGUCCAACAACAAACAAAUAACAGUGAACUACGAAAAGAUAGGACGACCAAGAAGAAGCAAAGGUUUGGGGUGGUGGUAGGCUAUGAGGAGAUGCAACAUUUUGUUACUCUUUCGACUUUUAGAAAAUGUAACAUUUUGUUUUGCGACGUUAAACGCAUCUGAUUAUUGCGUAAACCAUUGGGACUGUAUUCAUGUAUGCUGUUUCGAGAGACCGUCACUUUCCAUCAAAUAAACUGUGAAAUAACGAUUUAUUUCAUCAAGAAGGCACACAAAACGACUUGCCAAGUAGUUCCGAACCAUGAUGAAAUUCCAUAAUUCGGACCUAUGGAUUGCUUGGCUGGUUUUAUUUUGCAUGGAAGUGAGCGUGAGGGCGUUGGAUGUCACAGUGACCCAGAGCAGCAUCCAGGUAGCUCGCGGCCAGGCAGCCAUCUUGCCCUGCUCCUUCUCCACCAGUGCUGCCCUCAACAACCUCAACAUUAUCUGGAUGGUCAUCCCGCUGUCCAAUGCCAACCAGCCCGAACAGGUGAUCAUCUACCAAGGUGGCCAAGUGUUCAGUCUAGCCAACCACUUAAAUGGCCGGGUGGGUUUCGUGGCCACCAUGCCGAGUACAAGUGCCUCUAUCUUCAUCAACAACACCCAGCUGUCAGACACGGGGACCUACCAGUGCCUGGUCAACAACCUCCCCGACAGAGGGGGGCGCAACAUCGGGGUCAUCGGCCUCACCGUGCUGGUGCCCCCGUCGGUGCCCUCAUGCCGUGUCCAGGGCACGCUGGACGUGGGCGCUGACAUCAUGCUGAUGUGCAGCAGCGAGGAGGGGAUCCCCACGCCCAGCUACACCUGGGUGAAACUGGAGUCGCUGCCCAAGCUGCCCCACACCGCCAUGCAAGACCAGAUGCAAGGGACCGUAACACUGAGGAACAUCAGUACCAGUACCUCUGGUCUGUACCAGUGUACAGCCUCCAACGCCAUCGCCAAGAGCACCUGUCUACUCAACCUGCAGGUUGUGGCUCCCCAGCCCCAGAGUGUGGGUCUCAUAGCUGGCACCAUCGCCACAGGCGUGUUGGCUGUCAUCAUCUGCUCCCUACUGGUGCUGGUGACACUCUUCUACUGGAAGAACAAGAACAAAUACGAGGAGGAGGAGAUACCCAACGAGAUCAGGGAGGACGACCUGCCCCCUAAGAGGUCGUCUUCAGUGAAAGCGUUUCACGCCGAUGCCUCAUCCUCUGAGAACGACACCCUGACGUCCACCAACACCUACAACAGCCGCUAUUGGCACAACCCCAAGCCCAACUACGACACCAACUCCUACACCCGCUACAACGGCGACACGCGCCAGACGUUCUCUACGGGGCAGGCGGGUCACACAGGUCAAACGGGGGGACAUGCAGCGCACACAGGACACGGGACGCUAGCUCCGCCGGGCUCCGCACCCCUGGCCCGCCAGGCCUACUCUAAUGGUAGCCACACACUCCCCCCGCCCAAGACUCUGGUGGUCACCACCAACUCCGCCCCCUCCCCUCCCACCAUGGUGCGCAGCAAUGGCUCGGUGAUCCUGAAGCCCGUGACGGUGGCAUCGCAUGGCGGGUACACACACUCGUACGCCGUAAGCCAGGCCACGCUGGAGCGCAUGGGCGCCGUGCCCGUCAUGGUGCCAGCCCAGAGCAGAGCAGGCUCUCUGGUCUAAAGUAAACUGUUACUGGGCUGAACCAGCCUGCCUCCCCACUUCUCUGAUUCUCCCUUUUUAACUCAUAAACAGGAUUUUACAAUACCGACUUCAUCUAAUGCCAACGUCUCCAAGUUUAGGACCCCGUUUAAAAGCAGCUCCAGGUGUUCUAUUCCUAUUGGUUGGUUUUGUAUCUCUUCUUGGGUGUGGUUGUCUCGCACUGGUUCCUUGGAUUAAAUGGCUGUAACCAAUGGGAUUAUCGCACAAA